CCGAUCUGUCAGCGCUCAGUCAAGGAAGCUUGUUUAUGUAGCUUCUAAAUCCCACCAGCGCUUAACCCUAACAAGUCAUUUAUGAACCGAGAUAUUUUAUUCAGCUUUUUGUUAAAGUAUCGAAUUUAAUUGAUCAAACCAGUAUUCGGUUUUCCGCGCGAAUAUCGAGUUUUCAGACUGCGCACAUAAGAUCAGGCCAGACUGCACAGCUGCUCCGCCUCUCCGUGAGGCUUGUGUCGCACAGAUGAUCGGAGAUCUUUGGCAUCUGGAUCCAACACCCCGAGUCAACGCUCCAUGACCUGCUGUGAGACCAUGUCCGUACGGAACGUCACUACUGAUCUUCUGCAACGGCAGAUCAGGGAGAACAGGGCCCUGGACUUCCAGAGACACUAUCAUGUGACGGAUCCCUUGAUAAAGAGACUAGGACUGGAGACAGAACUACAGGGUCACUCGGGGUGUGUGAACUGUCUGGAGUGGAAUGAGAGGGGAGAUCUUUUGGCGUCAGGAUCUGAUGAUCAACAUGCUAUCAUCUGGGAUCCAUUCAAACACAAGAAGCUCGUCACUAUGCACACAGGACAUGCUGCCAACAUCUUCACUGUAAAGUUUAUGCCUCACACCGAGGACCGAAUCUUAAUCACAGGAGCCGCCGAUACCAAGGUGCACGUCCACGACAUCACAGCAAAAGAGACCAUCCACAUGUUCUCCGAUCACACCAACCGCGUGAAACGAAUCGCCACGGCGCCAAUGUGGCCCAACGUUUUCUGGAGCGCCGCUGAGGACGGGGUCAUCCGGCAGUAUGACUUGAGAGAGAGCGGCAAGCGCUCUGAGGUUUUAAUCGACCUGACGGAGUUUUGCGGGCAGCUUGUCGAAGCUAAAUGUCUCGCUAUCAACCCAUGUGACAACAACUACUUAGCUGUGGGAGCUAAUGGGCCGUUUGUUCGGCUUUAUGACAUCAGAAUGAUCCACAAUCACAGGAAGUCUCUGAGUCAGACUUCAUCAGCUGGAGUUCAUACGUUUUGUGACAACCGGAAAUCAUUACCGGACGGGGCAGGACAGUACUAUGUGGCAGGUCAUUUACCUGUAAAAGUCCCGGACUAUAAUAACCGAUUAAGAGUUCUGGUGGCAACUUAUGUGACCUUCAGCCCUGAUGGUACUGAGCUACUGGUUAACAUGGGCGGAGAACAGGUGUAUUUAUUCGAUCUGACCUUUAAGCAGAGACCGUACACAUUUCUGCUGCCCAAAAAGUGCCCCUCAUCAUCAGAGGUGCAGAAUGGCAAAACCACCAACGGAGUGUCUAAUGGAGUUCACCUUCCUGCCAGUCGCCUCAGACUGACUCACGGCACACUUGACAGUGGAUCAGGUGAUCUUCCUCCUUACCUGGAGAGAAUCAAGCAGCAGGCGAAUGAUGCGUUCGCUCGGCAGCAGUGGACUCAAGCCAUACAGCUGUACAGUCUGGGCAUCCACGACGCCGGCCAAAACGCCAUGCUGUACGGCAACCGCGCCGCCGCCUACAUGAAGCGCAAAUGGGACGGUGAUCAUUAUGACGCACUGCGAGACUGUCUCAAGGCCCUGUCACUCAACCCCAGUCAUCUGAAAGCACACUUCCGUUUAGCACGCUGUCUAUUCGAACUCAAAUAUGUCGCAGAGGCGCUGGAGUGUCUAGAUGACUUCAAGGGGAAGUUUCCGGAUCAAGCGCACAGCAGUGCAUGUGACGCGCUGGACAAGGACAUUAAAACGGCGCUCUUCUCUAAAACAGACUCCGCUGAAGAUAAAAAGGGGAACAGCUCGAUCCGCUUCCAAAACUUCAGUCGGAAAGAGUCGAUCCCUGAAGAUGAGAUCGUCUUGAGAGAGAGAAGCCUGGAUUAUAAACAUCGCUACUGUGGUCACUGCAACACCACCACUGACAUCAAGGAAGCCAACUUCUUUGGAAGUAAAAGUCAGUACAUAGUGAGCGGCUCUGACGACGGCUCAUUUUUCAUCUGGGAGAAAGAGACGACAAACCUGGUGCGGAUCUUACAGGGAGACGAGUCUAUAGUGAACUGCCUACAGCCGCAUCCCAGUUUCUGUUUCCUGGCAACCAGCGGCAUCGAUCCAGUGGUGCGACUGUGGAGCCCCAGACCAGAGUCGGAGAGCGAGAAUGUUCGUGUGGUGGGGGACAUGGACGGGGCGGCGCAGGCCAACCAACGGCGCAUGAACGCCGACCCGCUGGAGGUGAUGCUGUUGAACAUGGGCUACCGCAUCACGGGUCUGAACAGCAGAGGAGCCGAGGGCUCUGACGAGGAGGACAGCUCAGAUGGGCAGGUGCAGUGCCGAUCCAGCUAGAAUACAGCCGUCUUCCAUCACACACCCGUCCCGUUUGAGAAGAGGGAAAAGCACCUUACAAUUUACUCUUCAAUUUCAGUUUGUGAACAUGAAUGUCGGCGCUCAGCUCUGCGCACCGGCCGCAUGGACGGCGGAUGUUUGGAGGAGAGGCGGCCCGUGAUGAGGAUGAGGUGCGCUUCAAAUGCCCCUCGCUAAAGUCAGUUCAUAGCACUUAUAGAUCAACGCCUGCAAAAACACGACGCGCUAUACAGUCAGGUUCAAACUUGCUUCCAAAGUCACAAAGCACUCUGUUUCCUGUCUAAUGCAGGGCUUCCUGCGGGACACUGUAGGCCACCGUAGUUUCUCAUUCUCUUUAUUUUCUGAUUGAUCAUCGUUCUGUUACGAGCGUCAGAGGACGGUCACGUAUGUUAUCAUUCAGUAAGUAUGUUUAUAGGACUGCGGCACUUUCAUUUGAAUCUAUUCUGGGAAAAUAAACAGUGUUUGAGUUCAAUGCGGACGUGCGUUCUGAAUGUUGCUGGUUUGCUGGGACUGAAGAUGCUUUAUUGUUAUCGUUUAUUGUCAGAUGUCUAUAAGAGAUGUAUUGAAACAUUGGAACUGUGUUGAUCCUUUUUUUCUUCACUGGCACAUUAGAAGGGUGACUUGAUUAUAAAACAUUAUACAGGAAUAAAGACGCACACAGAGACUCUACACAAAGAUUUUAAAGCACAAGUUUUGUAUGAAAUGAGAAGAUGCUGACAUGUGCUUUAUUUAUUACGUCGUUAUGCACAUGAAAUAUGGCCUAUACAAUAAUCCAAAACAUUCUGUGCAGAAACAUGUCAAUAAAUAAAGAUCAUAUUUUUGCAUAGCAGACCGAUCUCUUUAAUGAAGACCACCAGGGUCUUAUUAUCUCAUCUGAACACUUUGUUUAUUAUGGAUGCAAGACGACAAGGUCUCCAGCUGACAUUACAUCUUAUUAAAGGUUUGGAGGAAAAACAGAAUUGUGUCUUCUAAUAGAUUAUUUUGAGAUGUGUGCUUUUGUUUCUCCAUGUGUUUUGGGUUUUUUUGAGGUGUCAGUACAGUUUAGUGCAAAAUCUAUCAAAAAUAAACGGCUCUCAAAGUUCU